AUGUUCAGAGCACCAAAACCGAGUAUUAAGCUGAUCUCAACCUCAGUUUUUUCCAGAGCUUUUCACGUCUCAUACCCGACUUCUAGAGUAAUCGCAACACAACCUCUAAAUUCAAAGGAUGCAAAACCUAUUUUGGCAAAAUAUCCUGUAAUUGAUCACACUUACGAUGCCAUUGUGAUUGGUGCGGGAGGUUCAGGUUUACGUGCUGCUUUUGGUCUUGCUGAAUCUGGUUUAAAUACUGCAUGUAUUACGAAAUUAUUUCCAACAAGAUCACAUACUGUUGCUGCACAGGGUGGAAUUAAUGCCGCGCUAGGAAAUAUGACCGAAGAUGAUUGGCGUUGGCAUAUGUACGACACUGUUAAAGGUAGUGACUGGCUUGGAGAUCAAGAUGCAAUACAUUAUAUGUGUCGUGAGGCACCUGAGGCUGUUAUUGAACUUGAACAUUAUGGAGUUCCUUUCUCACGAACUGAAGAUGGUAAAAUUUAUCAGAGAGCCUUUGGUGGUCAAAGUUUAAAUUUUGGGCAAGGUGGGCAAGCUUAUCGAUGUGCUGCAGUAGCUGAUCGCACUGGUCAUUCCCUUUUACAUACAUUGUACGGUCAAUCUUUGAGACACAACACUACUUUCUUCAUUGAAUAUUUUGCCCUUGAUCUUUUAAUGGAAGAUUCAAUAUGUCGAGGUGUCAUUGCUAUAAAUAUGGAAGAUGGUACUUUACAUCGAUUCCGUUCUCAUAAAACUGUGUUGGCUACUGGUGGUUAUGGGCGUACAUAUUUUUCGUGCACUAGUGCCCACACGUGUACUGGUGAUGGUAAUGCAAUGGCUGCUCGCGCUGGAUUGCCUUUACAAGAUAUGGAAUUCAUUCAAUUUCAUCCUACUGGCAUUUAUGGAGCUGGUUGUCUUAUCACUGAAGGUUCUAGGGGAGAAGGAGGUUAUCUUCUAAAUUCCAAGGGUGAACGCUUUAUGGAACGAUAUGCCCCUUCAGCAAAAGAUUUGGCUUCAAGGGAUGUGGUUUCACGUUCAAUGACCCUUGAAAUUCGGGAAGGUCGCGGAGUAGGUCCUGAAAGUGAUCAUAUAUAUCUGCAACUUUCGCAUUUACCUGCUCAAGUUUUGCAUGAACGUUUGCCUGGUAUAUCCGAAACUGCUGCUAUUUUUGCGGGAGUUGAUGUUACAAAAGAACCAAUUCCAGUACUCCCGACAGUCCACUAUAAUAUGGGUGGUAUACCAACGCGAUAUACUGGAGAAGUAGUGACAAUUGAUGAAAAUGGUAACGAUAAAGUUGUCCCUGGACUUUAUGCUGCAGGUGAAACCGCUUCCGUAUCUGUUCAUGGUGCUAACCGACUUGGUGCAAACUCAUUACUUGAUAUCGUUAUUUUUGGUCGUGCUUGUGCCCAUCAUAUUCGAGAUACUCUAGAACCAGGGACACCUCAUAAAGAAUUACCUCCAGAUGCAGGUGCCAAAACUAUUGCAAAUUUUGAUAAACUUCGUAAUGCAAAUGGUCCAAAACCCACUUCUGAAAUUCGCUUAAAUAUGCAAAAGGCGAUGCAAAGAGAUGCUGCCGUCUUCCGAACACAAAAGACCUUGGACGAAGGUGUUUCAAACAUUGAUUUAAUCUGGCAAAGCUUCAAAGAUGUCAAAGUCACCGACAGAUCUAUGAUUUGGAAUUCUGAUUUGAUUGAGACUUUAGAACUUCAAAAUCUAUUAACUAAUGCGGCUCAGGCAAUGCAUUCUGCACAGGCUCGUAAAGAAUCACGUGGAGCCCAUGCACGAGAAGAUUAUAAAGAACGUCUUGAUGACGAAUGGAUGAAGCAUACACUAUCUUGGCAAAAUCAAGAUACUGGGGAGGUCACAUUAAAAUAUAGACCAGUUACUACUAAAACAUUAGACGAAAAAGAAUGUGCUAGCGUUCCCCCCAAAGCCAGGGUUUAUUAA